GUGUAUAUGUAUAUGUAUAUGUGCAUAUGUGUGUUAGCAUGUGUGUUUUUAUCAUGAAGACUCCUGCAGCUGUGCGGCUGCUGCUGUCGUUGCUGAUGCUGUGGUCAGGUGUGCUAUUGGUGGCAGCGGAGAGUGGAGGAGUACAACACGAAGAUGCUGCAGCAGCCACCUACAGCCAACAAACCUGCAAACCAGACAUCUACAGUAUGCUGAUGGAGGUGAGCGCCGUGCUAGCGGAGCAGAGGGCGGAGCUGAGAGACACCAAGGCCCAGCUGGAGGCCAUGGAGAGCAGGCUGAGGGCUAGCGAGCAGAGCGCCCAGGAGCUGCGGGAGGCGGCGGAGAGGGGCAAGGUGUCGUUCUCCGCCUCGCUGGUGGCCUCUGGGGACGUGACCGCGGGGCCCUACAACACCGCCACCACUCUGGUCUUCAAGCACGUCUUCACCAACACAGGGAGUGCAUACAACCCAAACACAGGCAUCUUCACAGCUCCAGUCAGGGGUGUCUACCACUUCACCAUCCACGUGUUUGGAGAUGGGCAUCAGUCGCGACCCACUGGGGCCUCGCUGAAUAAAAAUGGCGACCAUGUGGACAUCGCCCACAGUGCGGGGAACAGCAAGCACGUGGCCGUGUCCAAUGGCGCCUCUCUUCUGCUGGAGGUGGGGGACGUGGUCUUCGUCAAGCUGUGGCCCAACACCUGGGUGAGGGACACGGGAAGUCACCACACCACCUUCUCUGGACACCUGCUGUUUACCAUGUGAUGUGAUGUGAUCACAUGACCAGUGUUCAGGUGUUCAGAUCGCUGCCCAUGCGACCCUGUGAAGGGAUCUGAAAAUAAAAAAAAUAAAAUACAAGUAUCACAACCGUGCAGAUUUUCUACAAAAUAUGUUUCUGGUCGCUCACACCCAAAACCUUGUAAAACAAUUGGGAGUCCCCAAAUUCAUACAGGACUUUGUAAGGUUAUCAUAUGGUUUACAUCCAAUCUAUGUUUUUAAAUGAAGUCUGAGGGGUCAAGUAAAAAUGGUCUUUGUCUUCUGGCCUCAGGAUAAUGUGUGAAACUAGCUUUACCCCGUUUGCACCUUCUCUGGACACCUGCCGUUUACCAUGUGAUGUGAUGUGAUGUGAUGUGAUGUGAUGUGAUGUGAUGUGAUGUGAUGUGAUGUGACGAGUGUUCAGGUGUUCAGAUCGCUGCCCACGCGACCCUGUGAAGGGAUCUGAAAAU